AUGUUGGCCAAUAAAGGGGACACUUGUACAACACCUCAUACCACCGAGAUGAAAAUGCUGCAGUGGUCUGGUGGAGUCACGAGACUAGAUAGGCUGCGAAAUGAAUACAUCCCCGGCAGUUUCAAAGUGGUCCCAAUAACGGAGAAACUUACCGAAAGCCUUCUCAGAUGGUAUGGCCAUGUAAUGCGUAGUGACAAGGAUUACGUGGUCAAAAAAGGCUUAAAACUACCCGAAUGCAAAAGAGGCAGAGGACGUCCUCCAGCCACCUGGUGGACCAGUAUGAACAAGCUUGUCGCCGCAGAAAAAUUGCCCGACCCGACUACCCAGGACAGGCCGACCCCCCAUAAAGUGGGACAGAGCUAA